GCGGUGCAUUGUGAAUGAUCCUGCUGAUGGAGAUACUUAGUCGUGUCGUGUGUUACUAGCAGCAUUCUGUCCCACGUUGCUCGCCCACUGGCCUAGGUUAUCGCUAUGUCCGAUCUUGCAGAGCUUCCUUACGCAGUUCCCCACAAAACUCUGGGCGUUCUCUUAGUCGCACUCGCGGUUUCAAGCUCGAUAUAUGGGGUAACCUGUGCGCAGACGGUUCAAUACUGCCGUCGGUAUUCAAGAUCGGAUUCAACGAUCCUGAAGGUUGCUGUUGCUGUUGUGUGGGGACUAGAGACUCUGAACCAAGGUCUGACAAUGUUCUCAGAGUAUUACUAUCUAGUGAGGAAUCGGGGGAGCCUGGAGGCCCUGUCAUAUACCGAAUGGUCGCUAGCUAUACUUCCUGGGACCAACGGAUUGGCAGCGUCCAUCAUCCAAUUCUUUUUCGCCUACCGAGUGUAUAUAAUGAGCGAUAGGAAUUGGUAUUUUGCAGGCUCAGUGUGCGCCAUGUCGGUGGCCCAAUUCGCUGUGGCAUUUGGUGCGUAUUUUGCCUUCUUUAAUGGUCCGAAGGGUUACAACGGGCCUUCUCUGUUCAGUUGUGAUGGUACAAACGUCAGUGGUCUGCAAGUUGUCCUUACAUGCUUAACUUACCACCCACGUCUUAGCCUACGAUUCCCCGCUGUCGUUGUCUAUUAUAGAUUCGAUCAUCUCGUUCCUCCAGCCUUUGCGAUCACGGCUGCCACUGACGUUUUCAUCACCGUCAGUCUAUGUUACUAUCUACAAAUUCGUAAAUCUGGACUUGGAAGGACGGACAGUGUUGUGAAUCGUCUGAUACUCCUAACAAUAAACAAUGGCAUUCUUUCAAGUGUAAUAGCGUUGACCGCUUUCGUGUGUCAGCUUGCUGCAUCGGGCACGAUGCUCCCUUUUGCAAUGUGUUUCCUUCUUGGAAAAGGUAUGGUUCGUUUCCCUGGUUUCAGGAAUAUAGACAUUCAUAUCGCUCACGUCGACAGCCUACACGAAUACUCUCCUGUCCAGCUUGAACUCGAGAUCAAGCACGAGGGAACGCUUGUCACGACUAAUACCUAUGGAAACACUGCCGCGCGAUCAACAACGUUUUUCCCGUGA